AUGGCUUUGGUAGCACCCAGCAUCAUGUCCAUCACCACCUGUCUACAACUUGAAGGACUGCAAAAUAAGCGGUCGUCUUUUCAUCGUUAUAUUUUUUCUGAGGCUCAGUCUCAGCCUCUUGCUCCCAACACAAAUACGGAGGAACAAAAACCCGCAAUACCCAAUACCCCUCAACCCGUGGAGGCAAAACAGAGGGUGCUGCUUCUCAAGGCGGCCCGAGAACAGUAUACCCUGGUAGAUGAUCAUCACGUUCCUUCUAUCCUUCAUCCAGGAGAGGUUCUCGUCAAGGUUUUAGCGAUCGGCCUGAACCCUAUUGACUGGAAAGGGCCAGCAUACAAUUUUGGUAUCCCCAGUUUGCCAUGGAUCAACGGACGCGACUUGGCAGGCCUUGUUCUUCAAGUCCCUAAUGAAUCCUCCCGCCUUCGUGUAGGCGAUAUUGUUCUCGUACCAUCUACAGACUACCGGGAUAUCAGAAAAGCAGCCUUCCAAGAAUACGCGAUUGCCACCGACUUCAACGCAGCUCGUAUUCCAUCUUCAACUUCUAUUCAUGCAUCGGCAUCCCUGGGCGUGGCCUUUGUUGCUGCAGUAUUAGCUCUGGGUGUGUCAUUUGGUCUAGACUUCUCCCGUCUUACACGAUCACCAGGGCCCAACUUGGUGAACGUCAUCAAUCAACUUAAUAAGAAUGAUAUUCCUGCCGAUAUUCGAGACGAGGUUUUCGCUACGUCUGAUGAAUCCGAUCGUCCUCAGAAUGGUGACUGGCUUGCAAUUUGGGGAGCAUCGACAACUACUGGACUUGUCGCUCUCCAACUAGCCAAGCUCGCCGGACUUCGAGUCAUCUGUGUGGCAGACGCUGCACGACACGGUGCCAAGCUUAUAGAGUUCGGAGCCGAUCUAGUAGUGGAUCGACACGACACGGAUCGAGCAGUGGAGAUCAUCCGUGGAGUCACUGGCGGUAAGCUACGAUAUGCUAUCGAUAUCGUUGGCAAGGAUACAGCGACGAUACUCGAAAAGACACUGGAUCCAUUAGGAAAUGCCCAUCUAUUAGGGCUUACUGGUCUGCCACAAGAGCGCAAAUCUGGGAUCAAAUACCAUACCGUGCCUAUUAAGCUCUUCCACACAGCCCCUGCUGUGGGUGAAAGCAUGGUUACCUGGCUGGAGAAUUUGCUGCAAUCGGGUACCCUGACUUUGCCAGAGAUUGUUCGGGCAGAGGGUGGGUUGGAAGGUAUCAAUGCUGCAUUGGAUGUUCUCCGGAGUGGGACGGCUUCUGGGAAGAGAAUUGUGGUUGAUUUGAGUUCCAAGCAGGCUCUGCCUUGA